AUGGAUUGAAUUUGUGAGUCAAUCCCUGAAGAAAUGGACCAGUUAAAUAGAAUGCUUUCGUGACCAAAUCCAAAUUACUCAAAGAUGGCUGAAGCUGAAGCAGCAGCUCGGAAAACUAUACAGGAUUUUGAUCCUCAAAAGAAGCCCAAAAGGAACAAGUAUGCCUUUGCUUGUGCAAUUUUGGCUUCCAUGACUUCCAUCCUACUCGGUUACGAUAUUGGUGUGAUGAGUGGAGCAGCCAUCUAUAUAAAAAGAGACCUCAAAAUCACCGACGUUCAAAUCGAAAUCCUCUCCGGCAUCAUAAACCUCUACUCUCCCAUAGGCUCUUUCAUCGCCGGCAGAACCUCCGAUUGGAUCGGUCGGCGUUACACGAUUGUCCUCGCCGGCGUCAUCUUCUUCGCCGGAGCAAUCCUUAUGGGAUUUUCUCCCAACUAUGCAUUUCUCAUGUUUGGUCGCUUCGUCGCCGGCAUCGGAAUCGGUUUCGCCUUCCUCAUUGGCCCCGUUUACACUUCCGAAAUCUCCCCAACUUCCUCACGUGGCUUCCUCACUUCCUUGCCUGAGGUAUUUCUCAACGGAGGGAUUUUAAUUGGAUAUAUAUCAAACUAUGCAUUUUCUAAGUUGCCACUGCGCUUGGGUUGGCGAUUAAUGCUUGGAAUCGGUGCAAUUCCUUCUAUAUUCUUAGCUGUUGCAGUGUUAGCCAUGCCCGAGUCACCUAGGUGGCUCGUUGCUAAGGGUAGAUUAGGGGAAGCCACGAAAGUUCUCAACAAAAUCUCAGAUUCUAAGGAAGAGGCUCAGCUAAGGCUAACUGAUAUUAAACAAACGGCUGGGAUCCCCCAAGACUGCAACGAAGACGACGUCGUUGCAGUAACCAAACAAGUUCAAGGCAAAGGCGUAUGGAAAGAACUGUUGCUUCAUCCAACGCCCGCGGUUCGUCACAUUUUUAUUGCGUCCCUUGGGAUUCACUUCUUCGCACAAGCUACUGGCAUAGACGCUGUCGUUUUGUAUAGUCCCAGAAUCUUCGACAAGGCUGGGAUCAAGUCCGAUAGGAAUAAGCUUCUCGCAACGGUAGCCGUUGGAUUCGUGAAGACCAUCUUCAUCUUGGUGGCUACGUUUUUGUUGGACCGGGUCGGGCGGCGCGUGUUGCUGUUGAGCAGUGUUGGCGGGUUGGUAGUCUCGCUUGUAACGCUUGCGGUUAGUCUCACUAUUGUGGAUCAUUCGCGCACCACGCUAACGUGGGCCAUUGGGCUCAGCGUAGCUGCGGUGUUAUCAUAUGUGGGCACGUUCUCUAUUGGGUCGGGUCCCAUCACGUGGGUUUAUAGCUCGGAGAUUUUUCCGCUCAGGCUGCGCGCUCAGGGUGUGGCGAUUGGAGCUGUGGUGAAUAGGGUCACCAGUGGGGUUAUCUCAAUGACUUUUCUGUCCCUCUCUAAAGCCAUCACCAUUGGGGGCGCUUUCUUUCUUUUUGCGGGAAUUGCAAUUGCCGCGUGGAUCUUUCACUAUACUCUGCUCCCUGAAACACGAGGCAAGACUCUUGAGGAAAUAGAAGGGUCUUUCGGUAAUUUCAGCAGUAAACCAAACACCAGUGACGCCGCCGCCGACGGAGCCAACGGUAACGGCCAAAUCCAAUUAAGUACCAAUGCCCAGACUUUGACAAGUUAGGAUUUAUAGCUUUCAAUGUAAAUGUUUGUACCUCAAUAAACAAAUUAAAAAAAAAAAAACUAAUAAAUUGUUGGAUAAAAGUUAUGGAUAAACUUGUGCCCGACAUACUUUAAAAUAU